CUUAUUGAUUCAAGAGUUUGUUUGAUGCAGUUUACAGAGAGAAGGAAAAACCUCAACAGAUAAUGAUGUAUAAUUCGAAAUUUCACUUUUCUAUCAUAAUAAGCUGAUCCAGUCUUGUUUACAAUCAAAUUGAAAUUUCAAUUUUGUUUAAGCGCAGAAAUAUUCUAAUGUUUAGGAAUCUAAGUUAUUGGCUUGCUGAACAACUUCUACCACCUGAACCUGAUCCAAGACUUUCAAAUUAUCCAUUAAUGUCAACAUGGACACCAACUGCACUUAUUUCGUUAGUUUACACAUUAGGUGUGUAUAUUUGGCGUAUGGAAUUAAUUCGACGAUUUAAUUUACAAGGAAUGAAAUUAAAAUCAAGCGGAACACAAUUCAUAACAUAUUCUAUGGUGUUUUAUAACUUUAGUAUGGUACUAUUCUCCACGUAUUUAUCAAUAUCUAGUUUAAUUUUAAUACGUCAACUUGGUUAUGGUUUCGGUUGUAUUGAAUUACCAAAUCCAAAUGAUAAACGUACUGAUGGUUUAGUAUACUAUGGUUAUUUAUAUUUUAUUUCAAAAUUUAUUGAAAUGAUGGACACGGUGUUUUUCUUAUAUCGUGGUAAAGUUGAUCAAGUCACAUUUUUACAUGUAUUUCAUCAUGCAUCAAUGCCACCAUCAGUAUGGUGGGGUUUAAAAUAUGCACCUGGUGGUCUACUAUAUAUGUUCCCAUUAGUUAAUAGUUUUGUUCAUAUUAUUAUGUAUACUUAUUAUGGAUUGGCAGCAGCUGGUGUUUAUCGUUUAUUAUGGUGGAAAAAUUAUGUUACUCUUAUUCAAAUGUUACAAUUCUUAUGGUUUAUUAUACAUCAAGGACAAUUUCUUAUAUUUCCAAGUAAAUGUAAUUUUCCUAAAAUAUUUCCAGCAGUUGUAUGCAUCUAUGCUUUGUUAUUUUUUAUAUUAUUUUUAAAUUUCUAUAUGAAAGCUUAUUGGAAGAAAGAACGUUUAGCUAAAGCAUUGAAAAUUGAACAAAAUACUAUAUAUUCGGUCAAUAAUUUAAACAAACUACACAAAAUACAAUGAAUUUAAACAGUGAAAUAAAUGAAUGUAAUGGCUUUAUUUGUUUUCAGAAAAAAUUCUUAAAAAUUCUGUGAUUUAGCUUUUUAGUUAUCACUGAAAUUCUUUUUAUUUUGUA